CAAAUCAUCAAUUUUGGUUGAAAAGGAAAGAAAAAAAAAGGCACGAAGCCUGCUGACAUCUGCUCUGCCUCUUUUUAUCCCGAAGCUCGAGGGACACAACGAGAAGGAGGAGAUGGAGGUAACAGAAAUCGCCCAAUCUGCUCGUAAUUUCUCGGUCAUGGUCCGGAUUCAAGGCCCUGAUCCCAAGGGCCUCAAGAUGCGAAAGCACGCUUUCCACCUUCAUCAGGCGGGAACCACUUCCCUUUCUGCAUCUGGGCUUCUAAUUCCUGAAGGCUCCUUGAGCAACCCACCACCAAUUCUUGAGCACAUUGCGAGUAUCAAUAAUCAUGCAGGCGCUAUCGUUGUCUCUACAGCCUCUAUUAUUGAGCCCUUCCUCACUGCUCAGCAUAGAGAUAAUCCCACCAAAGAAAAUUUUCCGAAAUUAAUUCCCAGUGCCUGCAUUGAUGUUCUUGUGGAGGGAAGAAAAGAAGGGAUCAACAAUGACAAUUCUGGUGCAAGUCCUCGUUGGGUUCCAUCUCAAUUGUUGGCAUUGGUUGAUGUCCCUGCAUCGUCUGAUGCCCUUAUGUCACUGAUUGGAGCUCAAGGUGGUCCUUGUGAGCAGACUUCAUGGGAGCUCAGCUGGUCACUGGCGAACAAGAAUAAUGAUCCUAAGACCGGGGAUAGUGCUUCCUACAGACAGGUUGAAAAUGAUUUGAAGUUUUCAGAAGAAUCAUAUAGAAAAUUGUCAUUGGAUGAAUCAUAUAGUGCCACUGUUAUGGCCAAAACAGUGACAAGAAUUGCUUUUCUUGGUGUUUCAUCUUUAGACAUCAAGGGCGUACGGAAUAUAGGUAUAUCACAUCUUCAAAAGCGAGGAGAUUUUCUUCUAGUUAUGGGCUCUCCCUUUGGGGUUUUAUCUCCAUGGCAUUUUUAUAACAGCAUCUCAGUUGGAACUGUAGCAAACUGCUAUCCUGCAGGUUCAAACCAUAGCUCAUUGUUAAUGGCGGAUAUCCAUGGCCUUCCUGGAAUGGAAGGGGGCCCCGUUUUUGACAACAAAGGCUUUCUUACUGGUAUCCUAACUAGACCCUUGAGGCAAAGAGGAGGCAUUGCCGAGAUCCAGCUUGUUAUACCAUGGGAUGCUAUAGCAACUGCCAGAAGUAAUAUACUGCAGAAGCAAUCUCAAAGAAUCGAUGGGAGCAUCAAUAGGGUGCAGAAAGCAUCAGUAUAUGCCUCAAAUAAAGUAGGGAGUCCUGUCGAAGAUUUAUCUCUCUCGGAGUCCUCAUUAGAAAGGGCUAUUCCGUCAAUUGCUCUUGUUACAGUGGGUGAGGGUGCUUGGGCUUCUGGUGUAGUACUCAGCAGCCAUGGCCUUAUACUCACAAAUGCUCAUAUUUUGGAACCAUGGAGAUUUGGAAAAACAUCUCUACUAGGUUCGAUGGACAAAUAUGCCGCAUCAUCUUCUUAUGAAAAUUAUUUAGAUUCUGUGACAAAUGAGCAUGAAGCAUCGUUCUUGAAUUCAAAUUACAGAAGCUAUGGAAAAAUAUCAGUUUGCUUGUGUCAUAGGGAGCAAAGAAUGUGGUAUGGUGCUAGAGUGGUUUACGUUUCAAAAGGGCCUUGGGAUGUUGCUUUACUGCAAACUGAAUCUAUUCCAUAUCAUCCUUGUCCCAUCACUCCUGAAUUUGUUUGCCCAGCCAUAGGUUCCACAGUUCACGUUAUUGGGCAUGGUCUUCUUGGGGCCCGUUCUGAUCUCUCUCCAUCUGCUUCCUCUGGAGUAUUAGCAAAUAUUGUCAGAGUGCCAGAAUCAAACAGCGUACGUGAAUCCAGCAUAGUCGGUACUGAUAGAAGAAAUGCACCAGUAAUGCUUCAAACGACCGCUGCUGUUCAUCCAGGAGCAAGUGGCGGUGCUGUCGUUAAUUCAAAUGGUCGUUUGAUUGGACUUGUGACCUGCAACGCAAGGCAUGGCGGAGGAACUAUUAUACCACAUCUUAACUUCAGCAUCCCUUGCUCGGCUUUGGAUCCUAUCUUCAAGUUUUCAGAUAAGCAGGAAUUAGCAACAUUACAAGUUCUAGACUCUCCAAAUGAACUCCUAUCUUCUAUCUGGGCUUUGAUGCCACCUCCAUCUACAGGGAUACAGGCUUUGCCAAAGAAGAAUGAUAAGAAAGCAACAGGAUCUCGUUUUUCUCAAUUUCUUGCUGAGCAGCAUUCAGAUAUGACAGCUUUGAAGGAUCAAAAGCAUCUUAUUGUAAGCAAGUUUCGUAGUAAAAUAUGACACUGAAGGAGUUAUAGUUACUUAAAAAAUUAUACAGAUGUAUUAUGUUCUAAGUUAAUAAGGCAAGGUUUUCAAA